GACUUGCCCAAGCGCGAGAAGGGGCGGAGGAGCUCCACGCCGGGAGCCAGGGAGACGCGCCAGCAGCAGCAGCGGCAGCGGAGGCGCCAGCGAGCGGGCAGGCAGGCAGGCAGCACCAGCUGCGGACAUUGGGGCAGCCCGCCCGGGAUGCUCCGUGGCCAGCUGGGCGGCAUGGCCCUGCCACGGGCCCCCGCCGCCUGCCCGAUGUCAAAGUGGCGGCUGUUAUUGUUGUGGAGCUUGGUCCUGGCUUGGCCUGGUGAAGGAUCUCAGCGAAGCGAGCCCAUGUUCACAGCCAUCACAGAUCAGAUCCUCCCGCCUGACUAUGACAGCAAUCCGACACAGCUCAAUUAUGGUGUGGCCGUGACUGAUGUGGACCAGGAUGGAGACUUUGAGAUCAUCGUGGCUGGGUACAAUGGUCCCAACCUGGUGCUGAAGUAUGACAAGAUACGGGGCCGGCUGGUGAACCUUGCAGUGGAUGAACGUAGCUCCCCAUAUUAUGCACUGCGGGAUCGCCAAGGCAAUGCGAUUGGUGUGACAGCAUGCGACAUUGACGGGGACGGGCGGGAGGAGAUCUACUUCCUCAACACCAAUAAUGCCUUCUCCGGUGUAGCUACCUAUACAGACAAACUGUUCAAGUUUCGGAACGGGCGCUGGGAGGACAUCUUGAGUGAUGAGGUGAACCGGGGUGUGGCAAGCUGGUUUGCUGGGCGCUCCGUGGCCUGCGUGGACAGAACGGGCUCUGGCCGCUACUCCAUCUACAUAGCUAACUAUGCCAGUAUGAGAGUUGGGCCCCAUGCCCUCAUCGAGAUGGACACAGCUGCCAGCGACCUGGAGAAUGGCAUUGUGGCACUGAAUGAUGUGGCGGCAGAUGCCGGAGUCAACAAGUUCACAGGGGGUCGGGGCUUGGCUGUGGGGCCCAUCCUGAGUGAAGCAGCCUCCGACAUAUUUUGCGACAACGAGAACGGAGCCAACUUCCUCUUCAAGAACCAGGGUGACGGUACCUUCAUAGACGUAGCGCCCUCUGCUGGCCUGGAUGACCCCUACCAGCACGGUCGCGGCGUGGCGCUGGCCGACUUCAACCGCGACGGCAAAGUGGACCUGAUCUACGGUAACUGGAACGGACCUCACCGGCUCUACCUGCAGAUGAGCGCAGGUGGGCGCUUCCGAGACAUUGCCACGCCCAAACUGUCCAUGCCAUCACCCGUCCGCACCGUCAUCGCUGCUGACUUUGACAAUGACCAGGAGUUGGAGGUCUUCUUCAACAACAUCGCCUAUCGCGGCUCAUCUGCCAACCGCCUCUUCCGGGUGGUCCGCCGAGAGCAUGCUGACCCAGCCAUCGAGGAACUGAACCCUGGUGAUGCCGUGGAACCCGAGGGGCGUGGCACAGGGGGGGCAGUGGUGGAUUUUGAUGGCGAUGGGAGGCUGGACCUGAUCCUGUCACAUGGAGAGUCCAUGGCACAGCCGCUUUCAGUCUUCAAGGUCAACGAGGGCGCUGGCAACAACUGGCUGCGAGUGAUCCCACGUACGCGCUUUGGGGCAUUUGCUCGCGGUGCCAAGGUGGUGCUCUUCACGCGUCAGAGUGGUGCCCAUCUGCGUAUCAUUGACGGAGGGUCUGGGUACUUGUGCGAGAUGGAGCCCGUUGCCCAUUUCGGCUUGGGACAGGAUGAGCCUAGCAGCCUGGAGGUGACUUGGCCAGAUGGCCGGGUGAUCAGCCGGUCGAUAGCAAGCAGCGAGAUCAAUUCCGUGCUGGAGAUCCCCUAUCCCCGGGACACUCCAGGAUCACCCCUUACCAUUCUGCCUCUGGAGUGUGGCCAAGGCUUCUCUCAGCAUGAGAACGGGCGAUGUGUUGAUAUGGAUGAGUGUGCAGAAUUCCCCUUUGUCUGCCCCAGGGGCAGGCCCAUCUGCAUCAACACAUAUGGCGGGUACCGUUGCCGCAGCAACAAGCGCUGCAAUCGCGGCUUUGAGCCCAACGAGGACGGCACAGCUUGCGUUGCUCAAGUGGCCUUUUUUGGUGGAUACCCUUCCUCAGGAAGCUGGCUGGGCCCCAUCUUGCCCUCUGCCCCUCUUCUUCCACUUUGCCUCGGACUCUGCUUUCACUCCUAUGCACUUUAAGCCUUGCCAAUAAAGGACAAAAAGCAGCCUUUAUAGAUGGAAGUGGCUUCCCCUGUACUCCUCCCCUCCAAUCUCUCUCAUCCAGUCUUCUCAUGGUGGUCCCUGGGAACAUGGACUGAGGUGGGGGCAGUCAUCUUUGCAAAGGGCACUACGCAGCCCGGCGGACGACACUCUCUCACUAGUGUCACACCCCUUGCAUGUUUUCUGAGAAAACAAGACAGGGCAGAGGCCCCACCAAUGCUUUGUCUCCUCAGAGUGGCUGCCAUCUUCCUAGGAGCUUGCCUUUAACCAAGAUGGCGGCUCCCGCUGGUAGUUGCUUGCUUGGUUAAAACUGAUAACAGUUACCCUGUGCCUGCUGGUUUGGCCUGUGACAUGAUUGCUUCCCUUCCCUCCUCCUCCUCCUCCUGCUCCCCCAGCCCGACUGGACCGGGAUUCACCUUGACCUUGUCUUACCAGUGUGUGUCUGAAGUUUGAACCCACCCGGUCUCUCAGCUCACUCCACCCAAUAAACUCUACACUGUCUAUAAGCACCUGCUUGCAGCUAUGCUUGGGGCUUUGGGUGGGAAUGCGGGGCCACAACUUAUAUUCAGAAGAUCAGCGUAGGCCAAGAAUGAGGUGGUGCCAAGCUGUGUGCCAGUUUCCUUUUGUGAGAGACACGUGUGAACCUUCAUGGAGAUGGGUAGCCAUAACAGCCGCAGGGCAAAUGACUGCAGGCAUUUGCACGGGACUUUGGCUACACACGAGGAGGCUUCAACUUGUAAGACAACUGCAUGUUGACUAUUUGCCUCCCAGCCAAGGCCAUGCCAUUCUACUAUUUAGUAGCUCAGUUGUUUGAGCUGUGGUGACUUCUUCCCUAUGCAAACAGCUCGACCAAAAUCUUUAAGCCCUUGCAAUUUCUAUCACGAUUGCAGAAUCUGUGGUCCUCCAGAUGUUGUUGGAGUCCUACUGGCCUAAUAGUCAGGGAUGAUGGGAGCUGUAAUCCAACAACAACUGAUUUUUGUUAGAUUAUUCUAAUGCAUAACAUGCACACAACAGAAGUGAGCAAAGUGCUCCAUACCAAAGAUUGUUACAAGGCAAAGGUAAGGACAUCACAUGGAAAACAGGUUUCCAGCAUGGCCAAUGCCUAUUAUACUAUGAACACCAUAACUUUGAAGGGGAUAUGCAUGUUUGUAAAUAUGCAAUGCAUAUGUAAAUAAAAUGAAUAAAAAUGGGCAUUACCCAG